CUCGCUUUUCUCAUAUACAAACCCAACCCUCCUCCUCUCUCUCUCUCUCUCGGCCCUUCUUGCUUCCUCUUUUUCUGUGGCUCCUCUCUCUUCCUUGGAUUUGAGACAAAAACACAAAAACAAAAGAAAAAAUGGAACAUGGGUGCUGUUAGUUUACAGACCCAUUUGGAUUUGGACUCUAAAUAUUUGAUCCUGCUUCUAGCUUCAAAGUGACAAAGAGGUGUGAGUGGGGGGUGCCUUUGGUCAUGGACAAGCCUAGUUUUAUGAGGCAAGGAGUGCUGAGGCUGCCCCCUGGAUUCAGAUUCCACCCCACUGAUGAAGAGCUUGUCGUGCAGUACCUCAAGAGGAAGGUCUUCUCCUGUCCGUUGCCGGCUUCCAUCAUCCCCGAGAUCGAUCUCGGCAAAUACAAUCCUUGGGACUUCUCUGGUGGGUGCAAGCAAGAGAGGUAUUUUUUCUACCUUAGAGAGGCCAAGUAUCGGAAUGGUCAUCGAUCGAACCGGGCGAGCGGGUGCGGUUACUGGAAGGCAACAGGGAAGGACAAAGCGAUCGUAGCUUCGAGCAGCAACCAGGUGGUGGGGAUGAAGAAGGUGCUGGUCUUUUAUCAUGGCAAGCCUCCAGGAGUGUCGAGGACUGAUUGGAUCAUGCAUGAGUAUCGCCUCGCCGGCACUGAGACGAGAGCUUGUGUCUUCCCCCAAAGAAAAAACUCAACCCAUAGUUCCAUGGUUCCUACAAAGGAUUGGGUGCUCUGUCGCAUUUUUAAAAAGAAAAGAGCUAACACGAUGGAUGUUGAUGCUGAGGAAUACCGCGAAGAGAACCAAAUUAGAAAUGGUGGCAUUGGGUUCAUCGAUUUCAUGGGACUGCAACACAGAGAUCAACAGCCUUCUUUGGCGUCUUCGUCAGAAUCAAGCUGUGUCACCGAGCCUUCCGAUGGAUCAAGCAGUGGAGAUGAAACUAGCUGCAGCAAUGGUAGACCACUUCCAUAAGGAAGAGAGGCUUAGAGUUCUUUUGCUUUGUUGUAUCAAAACUAGAAGCCUCCCUUUUUUUUUUUUUUUUCCUUCCAUGAAUAACCAUAAGCUUUUGACCCUAGGAAUUCUAGCCUCUUCAUCUCUUGUAAGUUUUCUUUUUUAACAACUUAGAUACAAGAGAUCUUUGUGGAUCAUCAGAGCUUAUUGCUAAUGUGGAAGAGAUGUUUUCCUUAAUGAAACUAUGUUCUUUGUUAAUCA